CUCGGCCAAUGUGAGUGGUGGCCAUGUUUGGCAUGCGUGCUAGCUGUGAACGGGCUAGUCAAUCUAUGAAAGAAUUCCCAUUCGCCGCCAACCGUGGAUCCGCCUCCAUACUCUUCAUAUACAUCGACCUUCAUUCAACAACAUUUGACUGCUCCACGGGAUGAUGAGUGUCAAUAAUGGCGACAGCAGAAUCAUCAUCCCUGAAGGCGGAUGAGGUAUGGUGGUCAUCCGCAGAAUACAGCCAGCCAUGCCCCAGCCUAAACUCCCACAAGUUCAUGCAAGUGACCGACCUGCUUUUGGAAAAUCCCAAUCUCAACUCGUCGCACUUGUUUCGCGCAGAUAUCCUAUUUGAUAGUACUAGUGCUUUAAAGACGGUGGACGACAAAGCAAGAGUCCAUCAAUUAGAGGGAAACCAUCAUGAAGCCUUUGCGCCAGAGAAUUACACUCCCCCAGCACCAGCAGGCCCGGAAUUCCAAAAUGCUACUCUUCGAAGAAGGGUUCUGAGACGACUGAUUCCCCGGAAACCCCAAGUUGAUUCGCUUUUGGAGCAAUGGUGUUAUAUUUACGAUCUCAUCCAGCCUGACGACCAACCAGCCGGACACAUUGUGGUUUACAGUCCACAAGUCAAAUCAGAGGCGGAGAUUCCAUGGUACCAUCCGCCCAUUAAAGCGAUGGCAUAUCUCUUACAGAUACAAGGGACUGCCACUACAUUGUCCAUCCAUUUUCAGACGUUCGACCUGGCAAGUUCAGUUGAUCUGCCAACAAGGACACACCGCACGUUCAUAUCACUGAUUCAAACAUUCCUUCGUUUGUCGAGGACUCCAGCUGGGCCCGUGGCCAAGACUAACACAGCGACACUCCAGUCUAUGACCCCUUCUGCCUUGAAGGACACCAUCCUUCCUCAGCACACAGUGCAAGACACCUACAGCCGCCUGAAACAGACCUAUGCAUCAGACUUGAUAUCUCGUUGGGCAGAGUCCACAGACCCAUCCAAACACGUCUUCGAGGAUCUCAGCAUUGCAGCUUUCGUCAUUGAACUCUGGAAACAAAUCUACCCACCCGGCAAGUUCCCUGGAUUUGUCGACAUCGCCUGCGGAAAUGCAGUGUUGUGCUACAUUCUCAUCCAAGAAGGAUAUCACGGACGAGGUUUUGACGCAAGACGGAGGAAAACAUGGCAGGUUUUAGAUAUGGAAGAAUAUCUCGAUGAGAUGAUUUGUGUCCCUCAACCAUUCGUGGCAAAUCUUUCCGGGUCCACCAGCAAUAAUGUAACGGACGAAACCUCCAGCAUGGAAUCUCUUUUGGGCAAAGUUCCCAUCCAUAAUGGUCUCUUUCCUCCAGACACCUUCAUCAUCUCCAAUCACGCGGACGAGCUCACACCGUGGACACCACUUCUUGCGGCGCUUUCAUGCCCGUCAUCCCCUCUGCCAUUUCUAGCAAUCCCUUGCUGUUCACACGCACUCAGCGGCGCCAAACACAGGUAUUCCCCCAAGUCUGUCAAUCCUUCAACGCUGGAGACCCCUGCUACAUCUGUCAACGACGGGGAGCCACAGUCAAUAUCCGGGGAUCUGAAAUCUCUGAGGAUGGCCAAGAUGAAAGAACGAGAUGGGACAGACGACAAAAGCAUGUAUGCGUGUCUCACGCGGAAAGUAGCAGCCGUGGCUGAGGAGGUCGGCUUCGAAGUCGAGCUGACCUUGUUGCGGAUUCCCAGCACGAGAAAUAUUGGUGUGGUUGGAAACAGGAAAGUGGUUGCAAAGCGCACGAAGAGCCAAAGUGCGCCUCAGAACGGGACCGAUGUGACACAACAGAUACAAAGAGUUGUAGAGCGAGAAUGCCUCCUGUCGGGAGGUGUGACUGAGGCUGCAAAGAUGUGGGUGUCAAGGGCCCAGAAGUUGCAGACAGGAAUGGGUAGAGGAAAAGUCAAUCUGGGUGCGAAACCUCAAGCAGCAAAACGCAACGACGACAAUAACAAUAUAUGA